AUGGCAAUCAAGCAGGGUAAAGUGAGACUGGCGAAAUGGUUCACUACCCUGUCUCCCAAAGAUAAGGCCAAAAUCAUCAAAGAUGUCACACAGCUAGUCCUUUCGCGCCGCACGCGCAUGUGCAACUUCCUCGAGUAUAAAGACACCAAAGUCGUCUACCGCCGCUAUGCAUCCCUCUUCUUCAUCGCCGGGUGCUCGUCCGAUGACAACGAGCUGAUCACCCUUGAAAUCGUCCAUCGGUACGUCGAGCAGAUGGACAAGUACUACGGAAACGUCUGCGAGCUGGAUAUCAUAUUCAACUUCCAGAAGGCUUAUUUCAUCCUGGAUGAAUUGCUGUUGGCUGGGGAGAUGCAGGAAAGCAGUAAGAAGAAUGUACUACGCUGUAUUUCGCAGCAGGAUAGCUUGGAGGAUAUGGAGUUUGCUGCGCCUAACCAUGCUAAUGAUUUUGUCUACCCAUGA